AGCAGUUAAGAUGUGAGCAGUUUUCGCUUUUCAUCAGCUGAGUCUCGUGCCUAAAAGGUGCUUUAUAAUGAGAAUGACGCAUUUGAGCGUCCAAUCCAUUUUACUUUUCUUAUUUUAUGUGCAAGAAGGAUUUUCCCAGGAAUAUUCAGCUCAUACUGGAGAAAAUAUUCCAAGGAGGGCAAAACGGCAAAACAAAGUGACCAGACCAGCGCUGAAGGUGACCGACUACCACGUCAAGUGUUCUGUAGUUUCUCGCUAUGCUGUCACCACGGUGCAGAGUUCCAUUUGGAACCAGAUGGUCGUUACCAAGGAGGCCGCCUUCGAGGUGGACCUGCCGUCCUCAGCCUUCAUCUCCAACUUCUCCAUUACGUCCGGUGGAAAAGUGUACGCAGCCCAGGUGAAGGAACGAGCUACGGCCAGGAAAAUAUACGACGCUGCAAAGAAGCAAGGAAAAACAGCAGGACUGGUCGCUACCAAAGAGCGGGAGACUGAGAAGUUUCGCGUUGCGGUAAGUGUGCCACCGGGAUCUCGGAUGUCCUUCUGCCUGACUUACGAGGACCUACUGCCUCGCCGACUCGGCCGUUACGAGCUCGGCGUGGGUCUGAGGCCCGGCCAACCCGUGCAGAACCUGACGUUAGAUAUCAGCCUAACGGAGCGAACGGGCAUCAGUUUCAUCAAGGUCCUUCCACUGCGUACGAGUAGACUGCUGUCCAACAAUGAGGGUCAAGACCCUCCCCCAUCGACAAAGGUCGACGAGAGCGUCGGCUGCGCUCGGGUUCGUUACAGUCCAACUCCUCAGCAGCAGAUCAGCAUUUCCCCCAAGGGUCUAAAUGCGGACUUUGUUCUUCAGUAUGAUGUAAAGCUCACAGGCCUCAUGGGUGACAUCCAAACUUUUGACGGAUACUUUGUGCAUUAUUUUGCACCGAGAGGACUUCCUGUGGUUCCUAAGGAUGUCAUAUUUGUCAUCGAUGUCAGUGGCUCCAUGAUCGGCACCAAAAUCAAACAGACAAAGGAGGCAAUGAACACCAUCCUCGAGGACCUUCGGGAAGGAGACCACUUUAACAUCGUCACUUUCUCAGAUAAAGUCCACACUUGGAAGAAAGGAGGCACAGUGCCAGCCACUCGGCACAAUGUGCGAGAUGCCAAAGUAUUCAUCAAGAGGAUUGUUGCCGAGGGAUGGACCAACAUAAACACAGCUCUGCUCUCGGCCGCCCAGCUCGUCAACGCUCCGUCUUCCGGCUCCCGCCGUGUCCCCCUCGUGGUUUUCCUCACCGACGGUGAGGCCACGAUUGGAGUCACGGCUGGCGAUGCUAUCCUCAGCAAUGCCAAAAAGGCGCUGGGCUCGGCUUCUCUAUUCGGCCUGGCCUUCGGGGAGGAUGCCGACUUCCUGCUCCUUAAACGUCUGGCCCUGGACAAUCGCGGUGUGGCUCGGAUGGUUUUUGAGGACGCAGACGCUACUUUGCAGCUAAAGGGCUUCUACGACGAAGUGGCCAGCCCCUUGUUGUCCGAUGUCCAGCUCAACUAUCUGGACCAGCAGGCAUUUGAUGUCACCCGUUCUCUCUUCCCAAACUACUUCAGAGGGUCCGAGUUGAUAGUCGCUGGAAGGCUUCCAGCGGAGUUGAACAAUUUCAAGGUUUCCAUCUCUGCCAGUGAUUCGAAGCAGCGUGUAAAGCUGGAGAAUGAGGUCCUGAUUAACAGCACUUGGCGCUCACCGGACUGCUCGGGGGCUCCUGAAGGCAUCUCUAGCUUUGUGCAUCGUCUCUGGGCAUAUUUCACCAUUAAGGAAUUGCUCCUGACCAAACUCAGCACACCAGACGCGGUAACCCAGAAGCUUCUGGUCGACAAGGCCACCAACCUCUCCCUAGAGUACAACUUUGUCACGCCCGUUACAUCUCUAGUUGUUGUAAAACCCAACACAGACCAAGUCACUCCAACCACUAUGAAACCUACCAUCUCUGACACGACAACCACGUCGGUCAAAACAUCAACUGCAAAAAGUCCCCACUCCUCUUCUAACUCAGAAACCAACAAUCUCAACCUGAGCCCUCCCAGACAGAUUGGAAAACCUUUAGUACCUCCUGCCAUCGCAAAAACUGGGGGAAAAAUGGCCCCCUCCAGCCUGGCCACCACUCAAUUUCCCACAGUGCUGUUCUCCGGCAAAAAGCCUUUACAAAAUGUUUCGAGAAAUGCCUGGGUGCCUCGGGGUGGGAAAAUGUCCACCUCUCCGGUACAUUUUCCGAAGACAGCCCAGCCUCCCAGACCUAAAAACAUUUCCACACCCGCUUUACCUGGCAUGCUGCCGAGAGUGACCAGCAGCAGCACGCCUCCUGCCCUCCUUGAGAGAUCCUUGACACCCCAGCUCACAACCAGACACACGGAGCUGGAGAGAAGCACAACGUCUCCUGGCACAUCGCCGUCACACCUCUUGUCUGGGUUCACCCCGCCCACUCCGUCCCCGGUCUCUCCUCUGGAUUUGGAAGGAAACGUGAGAAAGGUGCCAGCUGGGAUCGACGUGAAUGUUCCCACCUUGGUGGCCGCCACCUUUGGUCCCAUGCCCGGUGUAACAGACGCGCCCGGGCUGUGGGAGGCGGCAGGUCUUCUGGACAUCUCCACCUCUAUACAGAUCAUGAGAAAAGAUACUGACCUUGUGAAAGACUAUGAUGCAACCUAUGACUACGAUCUCAAUUAUGACACCUGGCGUAACGCUGCAGACACAGAAUCUUUUGAGCCACCGUCCAGACUAAGCGCUGAGCACUUCUCCUCAUCAGCUGAUGGAGAUCCUCAUUUUGUGCUGCAGCUGGCAAAGCAACAACACAACUUGUGUUUCACGGUCGAUGGCCGAGCCAAUGACGUGCUAAGGCUGGUGGAGGACCCGCACAGAGGACUGAUCGUGGAUGGCCACCUGACCAGUGCUCCCUCCAAGCCCGGUCACGAAAACCGCUCCCGAACUUAUUUCGAUUGGCUGAACAUCUCUGCAACCGUGGGCCGCUCGGGAAACAUUGCGAUCAUGGUCUCGUUGGACAAGGUGGCUGUCGAAGGCGAAGGGCGAGAUACGCUCAGCUUCGAUCAAACGGGGUCCGUGACAAGGCACGGCGUGACGAUCACUGUAGACGACCAACGGGGCUGCUGGAUCCGGCUCGCUGAGGGUGUGCGCUUCCUGAUUCUCCUUCACCGCUACAAGCACCCCAGCUACCUGCAGAUGGCACACCUUGGCUUCUACAUCACGCACGGACGAGGACUGUCGGUCUCCACUCGAGGCCUACUGGGCCAGUUUCAGCAUGCUGCCAUGAGCGUCACAGUGGUUAGAGAUCAUCAUCAGCAUAGUGGCGAUAAUGGCGACCGAAUAUUGCCCCUCGGGGUCCUGAGGCGAGGGUCCCAGUUGAUGCCAGUCACCUUGCAGGAGAAGCUGGUGAAAGACACUGUACUGAAGCGACAUGUGGAGCAAUGCUGGGUGGUGCCCAAGUCGGAGAUCGAGCGACUACUUGCUCAUCCGUAUGCCAGCUACGUGGUGGACCGCGAGUAAAAUCGCCUGGCAGCUGUGUGACUCGGGUCCAAGUGGACGCUUUUGGGACAUCGUGGUUUCAUAAAGGCUGAGCUUGACCUGGUGCUCGGCCAGGCUAUGGCGUCAAAAGUGAUUUUUUUUUACAUUGUCUGCUUUUCUUUGUCCAGCGGUGACGAGGAGCUUUCAGAUGACACACACAAAUUCCAAACAAAGAUGCGCACAAGUGUUUGACCCAUCACAGAAGCCCAUUAUUGAAGCCGCUUCAUCACCACAAUGUUUCUUGUGCAGCAGCAGUUAUAAUAACUUGCUACAUUUACUCCACUUACUCAAGUAACAUUUUCGAUAAACUGUACUUGUCAGAUUAAUUUAAAUGCUCCAUACCGUUUAUAUUUACUUGACUAUUUAUGAAAAGAAGGCUCAGUACUUUUACUGUUUUAAUGACAGACAUGCCGUUAGCUACUUUUAUUUAUCCAUUAUUGCGUGUGCACGUCUACUUUUAGACUCCAUCUUCAACUUCCACAUACUAGGGGGCCCGUUGCGCCAAUCAAACGGGAUCACUAAUGUCAUUUGACCCCAAGUCACUAAUCAAAUGACAUAAGGCAGUCACAUGGCCAUGCACACAAAAACAGACGAUCAUGCGUUUCCAUUACAGAGGUGCAGCUUUUAAAUUGUGACUGUCCAAACUUGGAUAUUUCAGCCCACUUCUAACUUGAGAAACCUUCUUGCGAUAAGUUGCAGAUGUUUCUAUUGUUAUUUUGGCUUUGGAUGUUGCCAUAUUACCCAUAUCCUAGUGUGUCGCACAUGUAUACACAAUCACUAAGUCUGGUAAGCAGUUUCUUCAUAAAGUAACUUAAGUGAAUAAAGUAAAUAAUAUAGGGCUCAAUUCUAAAGUAUUCUGAAACAACAAUACUCUUACUUUUGAGUAUGAUGUUUGGCUACUCUACAUCACAUUGAUUCAAUACUUUUAAGACAAGCAGUACUAUUUUGUCAUUGUGGGAAAAGUGCAAAAUGCGUGUUAUCGUAUGUAUGGGGCCAGGGGUUUACUCUCCAAAAAGAAUGGCAGACCAUUUUUUCCAGAUUUCGCCAUGUGCUUCUUUUAAUUUUUCUAUAAUUUCAUUCAGAAUUUAAUUAUUUGGAUGUUACACAGGACAUUAGGGGUUGUUCACAUAUUAGUGAUUAAACAAGGACAGUGAGUUCUCCGCUACUCGACCUAUUUCUUUCAUCAAUUCAUUGGGAAAUUGUCAGUAGUGGGUCUCAAAGGCCAAACAUUGAUAAUUAAAACAGCACAACCACAUAUGGGGCUUUUUGUUUUCAAUAAAUAAUAAAAAGAGAUGCACAGCACUGUAUGCUGAGGAAGGCAGGGCAAUAUAUCAAUGAGGAAAGAGUAUUCCAGUUCUUUUCAGGUAACAUUUGUUCACACACACACACACACACACACACCACACACACACACACAUACAAUGUUGUUAAGUGAAACAAUGUAUAGUGUGAAAUUGGCA